AUGCGCACUAUAUGUUUAGAUUCCGAGCUGCAAGCCAAAGAGAAAAGGCUCGUCCGGGCGAGCAUGCGCAUAAAGAAUCUCGAUAGGCAGCUCCACCCAGGUCGAGUCAGUGUCGAUAAGGUGGGAGAAAUCUUCAGAGAGGCUGGUUCCGCUUUCAAUAAACUGUCCGAGAUGACUAUGUUGUUACAUCCUAUGGGUGAUACUCAACCAGGUGGUAAAUGGACUGAUGAAGAAAUCGAAAUGCUUCGUUCCUGCGUGCAUCGUUUUGCUAUAGAUCUUAACAAACUCAGCCAGCACAUCAAGGCUAGGACAGUGUCCCAAAUACGUUCGACUCUGAAGAAGAAGGCGUUCGAGGAUGCAGGUAUACCGGUGAGGCAGGUAAGCAGUACGGGGACCAACGCGCUGCAGGUAGUCUCUCCACUGAGCCUCAGCUCCGUGUUAGGAAAGAACGCCGAGGUGACCUUGAACAUGCUGAACGCUUCAGAGAACGAAGUUGAUGUAGAGGGUUUGAACAACGAUGUCAAGUUGGAGUUCGAAGCAGGGAACGACGAGGUGGCCACCUGA